UUUGAUCGCCCGAGCAGCUGUAAACGUAGUUCCUUAUCGAGGAAACCAUGAUCGAAUAACAAACUUGUUAUCAUCUGAAUUUCUGGAAAAUGUGCUCUGAAAUUAGAUAGAAUUAGGAUGUGAGGAUAAGAGUGAUAUGUUGCAAUCAGCGUAGUAUGGGAAAAUUCCACCCACCCCCACCCAAACUCAAGAAAAAACUUGGAUUGGGUUGGUAUAUUAGUUGACCAAGUCUGAAAAGUACUGAACGUGGUGAUUCCAUAAAAACUGAACAACGAACUUUUGUCGUUCGUUAAAUAAAUAGAGAUAGCGUAUAGACCGCUUAAUAAUAGUAUGCACUCUCAAGCUAGAGAGUACGAAGACGCUUCUCGAUCUGGAAGGAAACAAAGUGCUCGAAGCAUGCAGAACAGAACAGGGAGUUCAGCUGGACCCAUGAUGGUGGGACCAAACUUUAGAGUGGGCAAAAAAAUUGGAUGUGGGAACUUUGGCGAGUUGAGACUAGGAAAGAAUCUGUACAAUAAUGAGCAUGUGGCAGUCAAAUGUGAGCCUAUGAAGUCCCGAGCUCCCCAGCUUCACCUUGAGUACAGAUUCUAUAAACAGCUUGGACAAGCGGAGGGUGUUCCCAAUGUGUACUAUUUUGGACCAAGUGCUAAAAACAAUGCAUUGGUGAUGGAAUUACUGGGGCCAAGCUUAGAGGAUUUAUUUGACAUUUGUGACAGAAAAUUCUCCCUCAAGACUGUUCUAAUGAUAGCCAUUCAGUUGAUUUCAAGGAUGGAAUAUGUGCAUUCAAAACACCUGAUUUAUAGGGACGUCAAACCUGAGAAUUUCUUAAUCGGACGACAGUCUACUAACAAGCAACAUAUCAUACAUAUUAUAGACUUUGGUUUAGCCAAAGAGUAUAUAGACAGUGAAACACACAAACAUAUACCUUACCGAGAACAUAAAAGCCUUACCGGUACCGCCAGGUACAUGAGUAUAAAUACACAUUUAGGAAAAGAACAAAGUCGGAGGGAUGAUUUAGAGGCGCUGGGUCACAUGUUCAUGUAUUUCCUAAGAGGAAGCUUACCAUGGCAGGGACUAAAGGCAGAUACAUUAAAGGAACGAUAUCAGAAGAUUGGGGAUACAAAGCGGGCCACCCCUAUAGAAGUCUUGUGUGAAAAUUUCCCAGAGGAAUUUGCUCAGUAUUUGAGGUAUGUGCGGCGGCUGGACUUUUUUGAGACUCCGGACUAUGACUAUCUGAGACGACUGUUCACUGAUCUCAUGUAUCAGAAGGGCUACGAGUGUGACUGGGACUUUGAUUGGGUGGGCCGGCAGGUGAGUAAGUCCACACCAGUACCAAUUCCCUCACAGGACCCAAUUGGACCCUCCAAGACAAAUGAAGGAGCACCUGGAAGACAUCACCCACAGCCAAAGAAGAGUAAACAAAGGGCUCAUGAGCCCGGUACAAAUCAAAGGGGGCUAGCAUGGGGUGAGAGUUCCCGACACACCACUAACUAUCUGGGUGCCAACCUCGCACCUGAUAGACACGGGGGCUCAGUACAGCCUUAUCAUUCCAUGCUUAUGUCACAUGAUUCGGUUCUGAAUUCCAACAACGGUGAUGUGAACACAGAGGAUAACAAUGACAUGGGACAGCACUCUACACUACAGCUGAGUAAAGAUAGACAGGAGGAGGAUAACAGUGAAACAAAAUGCUGUUUUUUCCGUCGACGCAAGAAAAAGAAGACAACCCGUUAAUAAAGCAUCCAUACUACAUGUACAGCCAAUUAUUUUCCAGGAUAUUUUGUUGAUUCUUUUAUGAGUGAUGAUUUUACUUGUUGGCCAUGUCUGGUGUACUUUCCCCAAUUUUAAAUUGCAAUAAGAAAUGGAGGACUGAGUCUAUUGUUAAGUGAAUGUGUGCAUUUUAAACAGCUAGGACUAGAGCUGUAUGGAGAUUUUUCAGUGAACUUUUGAAGUGAAUGCCAGCUCUUUUAGUGUCUUGAUACAUGUGUUUAUGUUUUAUUGUCAUUAUUUAUCCUGUUCUUAUUCCACUGAACUCUGUGUGAUGGAGAAGAGUUUUGUGAGAGGUCCAGUGAAUUUGACCCCCCAUACGAAAGAUGUACUGGAUAUAAUAAAUAAUAUUCUGCCUGCACAAAUCCUCUUGUGCUUCUCGUCGCAGGUGCUGCUGUUUCACCCGAAGGAAGAAGCCACGAAAAGGCAAGAGGAGGAAAUGACAAGAAAUAUCGGGGGAAGAAGACGGAGCAGGCUAUAUCCCGCUAAAGGCAAUGGUAGAGGCUGAUGUCAGAAAAGAUGUCACAUAUUGCCCCAGGCUAGUACAGCCCUCAUCUAGAAUAACUGGUGGCAUUAUCAAUCAGUCGUUUGAGUGAAACCAAAGACGCACAGCAUUUUCAGGCCAUACUUUGUGUGUGUGUUGUGUGUGCUGCAAGAGUUGUCCAUUGUGAUCUUUAUACAGUAUCUAACUUUUCCCACAAAAAAAAAGUUUUUUUCUUUUGUACACAUUAUUUAAUUCAUGCGCCAAACAGCAAUAUUAUCAUGGGGAUUUAUAUCCUGAUUGAUGAGAAAUGUCUAUAAGGUGUUUUUCACUGUUGUCAAACUGUUUUGUAACUAUUAUUUGACUUUAGAAGGUUAUUGUACCUAAAAAUUGUAAAAUGUGUUGGGUAAAAGAAAAUGUUAUCAAUGGAAGAUUUUUUUCAAAUUGUUUUAAGUGUUAGUUGAGAGGAAGUAGUUAUUAUUUGAAGAGAGGACUUAUUGUAAUGUUAAUAAUAAGUGUGUGCAUGAAAGACAUUUAUAUGUAUAUCCUGUGCCAUUUUGUUUUCUCUGAUGAUUCAAAUCUCUCAAAAAUCUGACAAGUAGUUUUUAUCAAUUCAAUCUUGCCAGAUUGUGCAUUUUCAGAGAAUUUUAAGUUGGAAUGGAAAAAGUUAGGAAGGGGAGAUAAUCCUGUAAGUCAUAAUACAGUAGAAUUAAGGGACGGUAAUAGAGAGUGCUUGUAAACCUGAAUUUUCUUAGUGCCAAGUAACAUAACUGGUUCCUAAGAAGGAAUGAACAGUUUUUGUUUCAUACUAUUUUAUUUGUUUUUAUUUGGAGGUGACGUUUCAUUUGUCUCCUGUAAAAAUGGCAAAUGUAUUAUAUGCUUUGUUAGAUGUAUAUAUAAUUGUUUUAUAUUUGAUACUAAAGUUCAAGAGUGGACAGUCAGUCAGAUUCCAAAUGUUUGUAAUUCAUUGUCAAUUAUGUACACAUCAUUCUCUAUCUGGCUAGUCUGUUUAUUAACAUGAACACUGUGUAUGACGAUGACUUCAUGCUGGCCCUGUCUCUCUCGUUACUUAAGUUUUAACUGGGUAUGCUCAGACAAAAGUAUUAUAAAAAGCACUGUUUUAGAGAUCCAUGUCACAUUAUACAACAUUUUACUGGAAUGAAGUUGAAUUCUGCCUAGUAGAUCUUAAAAUUAAAAAAAGUAAUUGACGUGUAUCAGAAGUACUGAUCGAUUUUCAAACAAAGAGAAUAUAUUUGUUAAGUAAGAUCAAAGGUUAUGUUCCACAUGGAAGUCCAGGCUUUCAGGGGGAUUCUAGUAUUUGUAAUUUUGUAUGUAAUUAUUUCACACGAGAUGAAUGCUGUGUUGUCUUUAAAUUGAAUAGCGUAUGUACAUGUAUCUCGUCACAAUGGGCUUUCAUCUAUACAGAAUGUAAGAAAGCAGUUGGAAAGGGUUUCAACAGAUGUUCAAUUCCAAAUCAACCACAUUCAUUUCUUGAUGUUUUAAUGAAAUUGGUACAUGUAUUCACAUUCAUUAAUAUGAGGUACUACUUUAAUUAUAGCUAGACAUGAGGAAUUUUCUUGAUGAAAUGUAUAAAGGUUGUUAGGUUUUCACGUGUUCAUGUCAAAAACAACAAUUGCAUAUUGUUUUUCAAUAGUUCUACUUUAAAUGAGCAGUAAUGACAAUGGGGAUUUUUGCACUAAAACUGUAAAAAAAAAAAUUUAUUAUUAUUAUUACACUGUGGUCUGUGGACAAUUUAUUUAACUUCAUGUGCAGAAUGCAAGAUCUCAAAAGACAUUUGUCAGUGUGUGUGAUAUUGUUUUUUUAAUCAGUAUCCAUAUUUAAAGCAGGUAUAAUCAUAUGUGUUGAGGGGUGAGUGAUCUACACCAUUUGUCUGAUAAAAAAAAAUAAUUGUACUAUCAGAAAUAAAUUUCAAAUCUAUUGAAA